AUGGCGAGCUUCAUGGCCAAUCUCUUCCCGGGCGGGAAGCAGGACAAGCCUGACGCGCGCCCCUCCACACCGAUUAGAAACAGCUUUAUCACCCCUGCCAGCACUCCACAAGGCAGCCCCAGCAAGAGGACGGUUCCUCCGGGCGCCAAUGAGCUCCCUGUUGCCUUACAGGGCAUGAAAAUCAACACGACCAGCGUCUUUGACACUCCGGUGAAGCUCAGCCGACCGCAGACUGUCGUCCCACCGCUGUCGCCUGGCAAGACCAAUUUGCAGAACUUCGAAGAGGGCUCGUCCACGGUGGACGACAGCAUUAUCCGCAAAGGCGCUCCUCGUACCGGCAGCCCGUUGCGAAACCAGGGACAAGAGAACACGCCGCCAGUUUUCCCACGAGACCCCUUCACGGAGCCGACAUACCAACCCAGCCAUGCCGCCGUCUCGCGCCAAGAGCUGUAUCAACAGCGAGACCGGCCGUCGCCGACCGUCCGGCGAUUCAAUACGACUAGGGGCCUUACGGCCGAGGAACGCGAGAUCCUACAGAAACCGGCCGUCAAGCGUAUGGUGAACGUCACUCAACUCUAUUUCCUCGAUUACUAUUUCGAUCUCCUGACAUACGUCGGCUCAAGGCAGAACCGCCUCAAUGCGUUCAAAGAAGAAUACCCGUCCCCUCCCGCUACCGACGAGGAGACAUACAAGCAGAUGUGGUCAAAGUACACGGGCCGGGAGCGAGCCAAUCUCCGCAAGAGGCGGGUGCGGCUGCGGCACGCCGAUUUCCAGAUCCUGACACAGGUUGGCCAAGGCGGCUACGGUCAGGUUUUUCUGGCGCAAAAGAAGGACACCAAGGAGGUGUGCGCGCUCAAGGUGAUGAGUAAGAAGUUGCUGUUCAAGCUGGACGAGGUCCGGCACGUCCUGACCGAACGGGACAUUCUCACGACGGCCAAGAGCGAGUGGCUGGUUCGCCUGCUAUACUCAUUCCAGGACGACAAGAAUAUCUAUCUUGCCAUGGAAUACGUACCGGGCGGCGACUUCCGCACCCUGCUCAAUAACACCGGCGUGUUGUCAAACCGGCACGCGCGCUUCUACAUCGCCGAGAUGUUCUGCGCCGUCGACGCGCUGCACCAACUGGGAUACAUCCACCGCGACCUCAAGCCCGAAAACUUUCUGGUCGACUCGACGGGACACGUCAAGCUUACAGAUUUUGGUCUGGCGGCCGGAUUCUUGGCCCCCGCUAAGAUUGAGUCGAUGAGGAUCCGCCUGGAGAAAGCGUCCGAGACGCCGGUUCCGUUUGGCAAACCGAUGGAACAACGUACGAUUGCCGAACGGCGAGAAGGCUACCGCACCAUGCGGGAGAAGGACGUAAACUACGCCAAGUCGAUUGUCGGCUCUCCAGAUUACAUGGCUCCGGAGGUCCUGAGGGGAGAGGAGUACGACUUUACGGUCGACUACUGGAGCUUGGGUUGCAUGCUCUUUGAGGCCCUCACAGGUUUCCCUCCGUUUGCAGGGGCAACUCCCGACGAGACGUGGCGUAAUCUGAACCAUUGGAGGGAAGUCCUGAAACGGCCGGUGUGGGAGGACCCGAGCUACUUUCUGAGCAACCGGACCUGGAACUUUAUCACAACAUGCAUCAACUCGAGGUCCAGGCGGUUUUCCAACAUCAAGGACAUCUACAACCACCAGUACUUCGCCGAGGUGGAUUGGGCCACGCUGCGCGAAACCAAGCCGCCCUUUGUCCCGGAGCUAGACUCGGAGACGGACGCGGGCUACUUUGACGACUUCAGCAACGAGGCCGACAUGGCUAAGUACAAGGAGGUGCACGAGAAGCAGCAGGCGCUCGAGAGCAUGGCGGAGCGCGACGACGAGAUGAGCAAGAGCCUGUUUGUCGGUUUCACGUUCCGGCACCGCAAGCCGGCGACCGAGGAGGGCACCCCGCGCAAGCCGAUUCCCUUCGACAAUGGCAACGGCAAUGACGCCUUUGGCACGAUGCUGUAG